GUUGUUAUCUUGCACAGUUGCACCUCCAUAGUGCUAGGGUUUUUCAGACUUAGCAGCUUAACCAAUUUCUUCACUCUCACAACUCCCAACGGAGCGAUCCAUCACAAUAUCACUAUCCCUCAAUUGCUUUGUCUCGCCAUCUCGCGAAAUCGAAAGCGUGACACCGUAAGGGUUUACUUAGUGAGAUGGGGACCAAGGCAAAGAAAGCUUUGAAGAAGAAUUUGAAAAGGGCUCAUGCUAAUAAGCCAUCUGCGGGUGCUGAUUUUUUGCCCUUGGAAGGUGGUCCUGGUCGCAAAAUUCCCGAACAGAAACUGCCGGAGAAUACUUCCUCGGUUUUGUAUGUUGGCCGGAUUCCCCAUGGAUUCUAUGAGAAGGAGAUGGAAGGUUAUUUUGGACAAUUUGGAACCAUCAAGAGAUUGAGAAUUGCAAGGAAUAAAAGGACAGGAAAAUCAAGACAUUUUGGGUUCAUGGAAUUUGAAUCUCCCGAGGUUGCAAAAAUUGUAGCUGAUACUAUGCACAAUUAUCUGCUAUUUGAACACCUUCUCCAGGUUUAUUUGGUACCUCCAGAGCAUGUUCAUCCAAAAUUGUGGAGAGGAUUCAAUUACCGUUUCAAGCCACUGGACUCAGUUCAAAUUGAACGGGAGCGACAUGACAAGGAACGAACAUUGGAAGAGCACAAGAAGUUGGUGGAAAAUAUUAUGAAGCGUGACAAGAGUCGCCGUAAAAGGAUAGAGGCUGCUGGCAUUGAUUAUGAAUGCCCUGAGAUUGUGGGUAACAUCCAGCCUGCUUCAAAGAAAAUAAAGUUUGAAGACUGAAUAGAUGUGUUAAGAAGAAGACUGCUGAUCUAAUAUGUCAUGCGGGUUGACAAAGAGAGAUUGCUGUUUUAGGAUUUAAAGUAUUAGUACUGAACUAUCAUCUUUGCAAGGGCAAAUACCUCAAUUUUGAAACUUCCUUAACCUUGUAUUCUCAACAAUAUUUGUAGAAGCAUUAUCCAUUUCAUAUAUUCACGAGCUUUUGUUGCCCUUGAUCGUCUUAAACCCUAGCUGUUAUACACAUGUAUAUUUGUUAUCCCAAUCUCAGUAGUUAAUUUUUCAAUUUUCAGUCAUCUGUUAUAACUUUCUAUUUAUCUUUUCAAUGGGAUACUCUUUACU